UGCCUAAGGCUGAUUUAUAUGGAACAACUCUCCAUUACCACUAUGAAAGCGAGGCCAAACUAUUUGGUCCGGCAGAGGAAAUAUUUCACAUCUCCGCUGAUGUAGAUGUGGAGUAUAUUGGAGAUGGCUUUGGAAACUACCUUGAUAACAACGCAUCGUCCUUCCUCAUGUUUAUGCGCAAUGUUUUUGUGCAAGUGAUAAAGGGAAAUGGCACGACCUCCCAGUCCGAGGCUCCCCUGUCUGCUGACGACCUGUAUGACCAGCCUACCUGGUUUGUUCAACUGGGGAACGGAACUAUUGCCGAGGCUAGGUUUACCAAGAAAGAUUUAGGAAAUACAGAUGUCAUGAAUUUUAAGCGCUCCAUUUUAUCGGUACUUCAAACGAAUUUGGUGCGUGACAAAGAAAAUGUCAUAGAGACGGACGUCAUGGGGAAACACAACUCACGCUACAUGUCAACAGAGCUGCAGUUUGGGGAAAUAGAAAUUAAGAAGCAUUUUUCCUCCAAGGACAUCUAUGCGGAGGAUAAUACUGACUUGGACACCGACGAAGUGGACAUCGAGACAGAUGAAGUCCAGCGUGUUAGUGGAGGUAUACUGACCAGCGUCUCCGGACACGUACAGGUGUUUGACAAACCCGAAGAUCAGGAUGAGUCUAUCACCCCUGAGGAAGGGGGUAAUAUUGAUCUUGGGGCAUAUUUGACCUCUAACGUGACCUUCACGUUGACCUUGCGUAAGCACGUAAAGCGUUCCGUUAAAAGCGUUCAAAGAAUGGAAGCGGCAGUUAACGCUCAAUUCCAGAAACGAUCCUUGAUCGGAGAAUAUGACCAGGUGUCUGGUGUGUACCAAAGAUGGACUAUUCUGAGGAAAAAGUUCGAUGAAGAAGAUAAGCUAGGUCAAGCUGUGACAAACUUUAUGAAAGAUCCAACAGAUACGUCAAAAUUACACGAAGUGAACGAAAUCCUGUCCUUGGAAAAUGAACUCGGGAUGGCACACAACAACGCAACUUCUGCAGCCGCCAACAAGCCGGCCUUGGUUAAGCAACUGAUACAAGUUACAAAAGAGAUGGUUUCCAAGUGUUCAACAAAUUGGGAAAUUUGCAAAGAAAUUUUGGACCUUUACAUCACCGCUGGCGGCAAAGAAGCCGAAAAGACACUGUCCAGUUUGGUCCAGUAUCACCCCCUUGCUGCCGACCAAAAACAGGAACUUGUACAGAAGCUGUCCUUUAUUGCCAAACCCACAAACCACAUCUUAACCACAGUCAAGACACUCUGGAACACGCUGUCCUCUCAACGUGAUCCAUCCCAAAGUCACGUCAUACUUACCCUCGGCUCCCUCGCCUCGAAGGAACCUACCAGCGCUGGUUUCCAGUCAGAGUUGGUGGAUCUUCUUCGACGACAUCUUCAAUCAGGCGACAAAAAUAACAACACGGAGCAAAUCAGUGACGCUCUUGAGGCUAUAGGUAACUUUGGAGACAACAGACUAACAUCGGAUGUAUUGGCAAUUGCUAAAAAGGAAGGACAAGUGGAAGAGAUAGAGAUAGGCUGUAUCCACGCUCUGAGAGGAAACUUCCACGUUGAGUUGGUUCUGAAAUGGCUAGUAGAUUUGUUGACUCGUCCAACAUCUAGCUGUGAAGUACGUGAAGCUGCUGUUGUGACCAUCAAAGGCGAACUUGCCUACAGAAAGGUUCUGGAUACCAAAAACAAGGCAUGGCCUAAUUCUGGUCAAACAGAGGUGGACAGAAUUCUUCUCAAUGCACUUCUUACGGCAGAUAUAAGAUAUGAGUGCGCAUUUUCAGAUAUUAAGGAGUACCUCCAACUUAAAGGGGUGCCCUUUGGUGAUCUUAUUGAGACUGUUGAGACGGUGAAUUCCACGCGCACUAAAAGAGGAGUUGACCAUGUUAGUUGCAGUUCUUGGAGCACCCACGGUUCACGGUAUUCAGAAUUGUUAAGUUCAUCGCAGUUCUCAAGCGAUAACAGCAAAUACCCGGAAAACAAGCACUGUCUAUCCCACAUCAGGUACGGUCCCUCGAAAGUAAAUAUCUAUAUCAAGUCUGGUGUGUUUGCUGGUAGAAAUAGAAGACGAAGAUACUGUAAAGUGUACGGCAAAUCAUUUGCCAAACUCAAAGUUUUCUCCAAACGGUUUGCACUUGCAACCGCAAUAGCCUAUCGUUAUAAAACUAGCAAAACUAGAACAAGGGUCUAUCUCAAAGUCUACGGGAAGAUUGUGAUAAACAUAUACACACCUGGCUCGGUGAAGAGAAACUUUCCAGUUUACCAACCACCACCUAAAUCCAUCAACGUGUUCAGCUUUUUCAUCUACGUCGCUAAAGUCUCCGUUACCAUUACCUUGGCCCCUAGAGUGGACUUUCGUGUCAGGGCAGGCUUUUGUGCUCGGUCAUCUGAUCCCUGCUCCCACUGUCUGACGAUGACUCUGAAAGCAAGUGCCCGAAUUUCUGGCGGUGGCUCAGCUAAUUUGCUUUCACUGGCUCGCGGUGGGAUUGACAUCGGCGUUACCCUCAAUUACUUAGUUGAAGGAGAGGCGAAGCUCUAUCCGAGACUUUGUGUCUCGCUCUACCACGGCCACGACCCCAUGAAGAUUAACGUUGAAGCUUGGUAUCAACUGAGAACUAAGAUUAAGAUAAAAGGUUGGAGAUUCUGGAAGUGGAGAUGGACCUGGGGGAAAAGAAAGACUUGGAGUCCGUCGUCUCUGUCUUGGAAGCUGGGAAGCUCUAAAAGAAAACGCAUUGCUAGAACGGGCAGUUGCUAGACACGUUGGCUUAGAGUUCCCCACUAAGUUUUAAUAUACUACUGAGUGUAUAAUUUACUUGCGUGUAAGUGGAUAAUUUUGGAUAUUUACAAUUGUGCAUAUGCGUGCAUCAAAUUCUUUUUCACAUCAAAGACUAGAUAUAAUUACAACUGCAACUAGGUUUUACGUAGUACAUGUAAUAUUAUGAGACCCAAAUCAUGCAUUUUAUGUAUUUUAUGUAGUUUCCUAUAAAUGGUACCCGUGGUAAAUUUUUCCACAACCUAUUUCAUUUCAUUUGAUUUGCUGGUUUUCAUCAUUUAUUUAUUUAUUUAUUAUCUUCAGUUAAAUAGAUCUUUACCUUAUCUUAUUAUUUAUUAAUUGGGUAACUAAUGAUUAUUUUAUUAUUGGUUAUUUUCAGUAUUUUUGUUCAUGAUAAAUAAGCACGUUCGUUCUCGAAGAAAAGUAUAUGGACCACAUGGUACAAUAUUUUUUCGGAUUUUCUUUUAAAUAAUUAUUCAGAAUAAUAUCGUAUAAAAUUCUUUAACGUUAGUGACUUAUUAAAGUGGGGAAGGUUUGAAUAAUUGUUUAGUAGCUUAUAUCUAUCAGUUUGGAGAGUAUCUUUCCGUCAGUAAUUUUCAUUUGUAUUUAUUCAGAUUUUAUUGAUUUUCUCUUUUGUUUGGCUGUAAUUGUUAUUAUGACAGAUUACAAUAAAUGCUCUAGCUU